GACUCUGCUGCUUCACGCUAUCUUUAUGCAAGCAAAAGUUGUAGCUGCUCAGGGAUGAUCAAAUAGGUCCACACAUAGGUAUUUCACAGUUUUUAUGUAGAACAUAAAAGACUGGCUGAGAACCUGUGAACUUCUGAAGACAGCAUUUGGACAAGCUAGAGGCAGUUACUGUUUUCUGCUAUGUCCGGAAAGCUGCCUUACGUUGGCACAACGGCUGGCGGCGCCGACCGCAAACUGGGUCGCGCGGCGCUGCCGGUGACUGGCACCACCUCGGCGGCGGUGGCCGCCAGCCCCAGUGGCGCCGGCUCCAACAACGAGCUGGCGUCGCUGUUUGAGUGUCCGGUGUGCUACGACUACGUGCUGCCACCGAUCCUGCAGUGUCAGAGCGGCCACCUGGUGUGCUCGUCAUGCUCCAAGCUCACCUGCUGUCCGACCUGCCGCGGCACGCUCGGCAACAUCCGCAACCUGGCGAUGGAGAAGGUGGCGACGACGGUGAUGUUUCCCUGCAAGUACGUGUCGUCGGGCUGUUCGGUGCUGCUGCUGCACACAGAGAAGGCCGAGCACGAGGAGACGUGCGAGUGCCGCCCGUACCAAUGUCCGUGCCCCGGCGCCAGCUGCAAGUGGCAGGGCAGUCUGGACCAGGUGAUGAACCACCUGACCAUGGCGCACAAGAGCAUCACCACUCUGCAGGGGAGCAAAGAAUAG